AUGCAAGAUGCAGAUCAGCGAAAGCUGCUGCCGGUCAGUUUAAAAGACAAAACAUCUUCCAAGCUGUGCUCGUAGCCGGGGAAGAAAGGAAGAAAAGCUCUCCUUUCAGAGGGCCCCUCUGGGUAACAAUGGAAAUCCCUUUGGGGAUCUAAUGGGCAAACCUCAUACAAAGAGAUACAUGACUCCCACCUCCAGCUGCUGCUUCAGUAUAAAACAAGGGGAGUGAAGAUUUGGCUACUUUCAUCCAAAUCCUCUUAGACAAUGCGAGUGCAACGGGGUGUUUUUGCCCUUUUGUUCAACAUGCUCUGCUUCAGAAUCAGUGUAACAUCCUUGGGCGAGGGAGACAGAGCGCAGCUUGUAGGCAACAAAUUACCAAAGGGUCUUCUUAUUGUCUAACAGCACACAGAGUACCAGUGAGGUGAGAGAAAGCUUUUCCCAGAGAUUUGAUGGUACAGUUACAACAGCACCACUGCCCAUGGCAUGUGCCUACUUUAUUCUCCUUGUCGUUCAAAGAUUAUGCAGGUUUUUGGUAAACGCUCCAAAAACCUGUGGACACUGUUUGAUCAGCAGGACAAAAGAAAUCUGUUUGGGCCAUGAGUGUGAGAGAGGCUGAUGCUUCUCUUAUGCAGCCUUAAGUCAUCUUAAAAUGCUCUCUCUCUGUGUGUCGGGUUUUGCAAUCGUCAGCCAUCUACCUUGAAUCCUUAAACUGCUCUGAAAGCAUCCCUAACAGUAAAGCACAAUAGGAUGACUCAGUGAAAGAUCUGCCAAUAGGAGAAAAAGAGUCUCUCGGGGGCAUAUGCAAGUUUGCUUGUUGGCAGAGUUUGUAUCGAGCUGCCAAGGUGCUUUUUAAACUUGGGGCACUUUGGGGAUUGCAUUGCAAAGGGAUGCUGACUGGGAAAGACUGUAGCUUGAAUUCCAGGUAGUACUUGUGUGUGCAGUUGGAAUAUUUUCCCCUGCCCUCCUUGUUCCAGGAGGACAAGGAGAGGCCUGUUGAAGCAAGCCAAGGGCCCAUUAGUCCAGAAUCCUGUCUCAUGUGCCAGCCAACCAGUUGCUCCCAAGGCAAAGUGCCUUUUGGGAAACAAAGGGAUGGCAAGAGACCAUUACUAGGGGAGCAAGGAUUUCAUCCAGGAUCUAAAUAUAUUCUAACUUGAAAGCUCCCCACCUCCAAUGAUGCAAUUAGGUUUUAAGGUCUAUAAACUUGCUUUCAAAGUAGCCUCGAGUGCUGGCAACUCUCUUUACAGAGCUUAAGCACCACUCCACCACACAUCCUGUUCUCCUUCCCCCCCUUUCCCCGUCAGCAUGGCUCAGCCAACAGCCUCUGCUGGAUGAAAGGGAUGGUCAUUUUGCACAGAUGGCAAUGAAUCCUGUGCUGACCCUGCAGAUGCUGUAGCUCAGGAAGGAGGGGAUAGCUGGCCCUGGGGGGCUGAAUAGGGACCUCCAGGCCUCUCUACUUGGCCCAUGCAACUCUCCCUAGACAACAUCACUCACCCACAGCCCCCUUGGGGACUUUGGCUUGGCUGGAAAGUCUCAAAUUGUGAUAAUGGUUCUUGCUUGCAGGAUGAAGAGAGAUGUCAGCACAGAACCCUACAGCUUUUGUGUGGCUGAAAUGUAACCUACAUCCAUUGCUCCGCCCACUUUCCCCUCUGGCUCCACCCACUUCUGGAAUGCCAAUCCCAGAAGGUUAUCUAUGAGGAAGUGCAGCCCUGGAAAAAUGUCCCCCAUCCCUGCUGUAGCAGGCAAUACAGAAGCAUCCUACACGUCGAGCGAAACUCAAAGCCCAUCUUGCUCUUCCACUGAUCUUUCGUAAGCGAUUCCACCGUAGCAGCUUCAUAAAGGAGUAAGUUUUAGCCUGUCGGUGGCUGAAAGGCUCUUAAGAUGCAGUGUGAGUUACCUUGAUCUCAAUGCAUUUCUGUUCUCCGUGAUUUAAGCAGUGCUGCUUUACCCCAGGCACAAUUCUUGUGCCAGCGACGUGUCCUCGGAGAGAGACGCCCCAAAGGUCCCUGCCGCAUUCACUGCACCGUCACGUGCACAGCCCAUGCGCUCAGGCUACAGCUGCCAACACAUGCACUGCAGGUGACAGCAUGCACUGGUUACCUGCACACAGCAGGUUAGGGUUUUUAAAAACAUCACAUUCUCCCACAUGCAGCAGCUAUAAGAGUUUUCCUGUAUCGGCAGCGUGGGUUAGCAAAUGUUUAAAGUGGGCUGAGGUUUUCCACUACAUUGCUCUGGCAAUAUCCUAGGUCAGCUCCCGCUGGGCCAGUUCAGCAUUCCUUACAAAGGACCCUACAUUAAAACAUUUGUUGGUGCAGAAACUCCCAGGAUUUUAUAAGGCUAGUGUUAUGCAAGAUUGAGGCUGCAAUCCUAGACACACACUGGGAGUGUGUCGCACUCAUCUCAGUGUGACUUGUUUGCCUUUGAGUAGAUGGGAUGGCACUGUAAAAUGACUUUGUACCUCUGCAUCUGGUAGGAGAGUCACAAAGCACUGCAGAGAGGGAGAAUUUAAGUACCACCAAGACAAGAAACCUGUGAAGUCUCUGUGCCUCUUCCUUGGAUGGUGCCCUCCCCUCUCCUCCUGCAUGGAAAGAACAGAAAGAUGCAUGUCCCAAAAAGGGCAGCUGAGCAGCACAAAGUUAUUAGUCACCCAGGUAUUUACAGUGUUUUUCCUACUUCCUUUCUCCCAUGGCCUUUGUGGUCAGCAGAACAAAAUUCCUGGGAACUCCCACCUAAACACAAGUUUCCUGUUUAUGCUCUCCUAGUGCUUUUAUGCUGUUGCUGCUGAAAACCAGGGGACCAAUGUUGCCACAGAACAACGCAAACAGAGAUUGCAGGUGAGCAGAGAGCAGCGAAGACGCCUGGUCUCUCUCCACACAUUUCUCUUUGGUGAAAAACGGGGAGGGAGGAGGGCAAAGAAAAAAGAGAAUAAUGAUCAACAUGUUUCUCUCCCUCUCUUAGCUUCUUUGUCUUUUUUUGCCAAAAUCUAAAAACAGGGAGGGGGUGUUUUGUGUCUGUUUUGCCCUCUAAAUCUGUCCAUCAAAGUGGGGAAGGAAGUCCUAGUCCAGGUGGGAUUCUGAUAAGUAGCUGUGCUGCAUAGUCAGGCUGGCAAAAGGUAGCUUUUGAGAAUGGAUAAAGCUGUGGAUUUCAGAUUCUCUCCCUUUCACGUUGUUCCAACCUUAAGUUCAGCUUGCCCUGUUUCAUAAUCAGUAUGUGAUUUUUAAUUCUAAAAGUUUGCAUGGAGAUCGGUAUACAAGGUAGCUCAGUUGGUUCGAGCAAGGUGCUGACAACACCAAGGUCACAGGUUUGAUCCCCAUAUGGGACAGCUGCGUAUUCCGGCAUUGUAGGGGGUUGGACUAGAUGGUCCUCAGGGUCCCUUCCAACUCUACAAUUCUGUGAUUUUAGGAAUGCCAAAUGUUGCCAAACAUAUGCAAUUUUGCAAGCCAUUUUCCUAAUGGAAUGUCAUUUUGCACACUAUGUUUCCACUAAUUUCCAGGCACUUCUUGUGGCCGGAGACCAGGCGCCGCAAAAUUCAGAGAAGCGUGAAUUCUGAAGGAUGGCUGAGUUUGCUCAUUUAUUGGUCCAUAAAGUGCAAAUUAGGGAGGUUCAUAUAAAAAUGCAAAUCAAACAUUUUUCUCUGCCCCGCCCCCAAUCCCUAGCAGUACAGCUAGAUCUGGAAAAAGAAGGCAACAGCCCAGGCGAUGUAUUCAAAGAAUUUGACUUGAAUGCCAACAUCUCCCGCUUGUUCCUGACAAUCCUACCUCCUCUGUGGGGGAGAGGGGACCAGAUCAGGAGUGCCCUCCACCCUAACUAUUAUGCAUUCGGACUUGGGCUAUGGAUGAACAUCUCAUUUGCCUGUAUUUGCUUCUGCUUCAGAACCAACAUCUGGCCUGGGAAUUAGAGGUAUUGCCACACAGAGUAUCCCCAACGAGCCGUCUCUGGAUUCACUAGAAAAGGAUCUGAGUCAAAAGGAGCUGGAAUUUGAGAUGGCGUGGGCUGGCUUACCAUGCAGCCAUUAUACGCUAAUAAAAUACUGGGUUGUUAUGUAAUGAUCUCCAAGGGAUCGGAAGGAUCUGGUAUACAGUACUCUUCCAGAGCUUGCUGUGCAGCAAUAAAAAAUUUCUGAAAUGUUAUGUAAGUGCAAAACUAGCACACCAGAGAGCAAAGCUUGAGCCCAGCCCUAUUUGAGUGGUGCUCAUUUUAAGGUGGGGAACCGUUUGGCUGUGGCUCCACUCCCUUGAAACUGGAAGUGGUACAGCCUGUUCUGUGGCCUCUCCCACUUUAGCCACCUGGAUCAGCAUACUUCUCAGGCCCCAGAAGACUCAGGUUCACCUUCGACCAAAAGGCGGGUGAUACAGGGCACUCCCUGUAGAAGAAAGUCACGGUUCAGCCUUUCCUUCCCUGGUCUGGUCCACUGCCCAUCUUCUCUGUCUGAACCCCAAGGAUGCUAUCUGGCUAUUGGGGGAGGCAGGGGAGAGGAUCCUCCGACCCAGGGGCUGAAUGCAGUCCCCCAUGCCACUCUGUCCCACCCACAUAACUCUCCCCGGGCCACCAGGCCAGCUUCACACACCCCUUGAGUUUUUGCCUGGCUGGAAUGUGCCCUUGAGCUCCAAAAACGCCUCAUCCUUGCCUGGAUGGAGGAUGAGAGGGGCGUUGGCUUUGGACUGACCUACUGUGCAAAGGCAACAUUUACAUUUACAUUUGGAAGGUUGCUCAGAAGGGAAUGUCUCCCCUGGCCUGGGAAAAGUUUCCCUACACCUGGUAGAAGAAAGUGAGGAACUUAAGUAGAGCAUUCAGUGUUGGUGAGAUUAAGCUGGGGAGGCACCAGCAAAAGUGAGAGUGUUGUCCUUAUUUUCCAAGGACAGUCCUGGAUUUACAGAAGCCAUCCCGGUUUCUGGUUUGAUCCCAGAAUGUCCCGCUUUUCCUUGGGACGUCCCUAUCUUCAUCGGAGAAACGUAGCAGGGUAUGGUUAUGCAAUCCCCGAGACAAGGAGAUAAGUAACUGUACAGCCCUUAGAACACUUCUGAAGGCAGCCCUGUAUAGGGAAGUUUUUUUAAUGUUUAAUUUUUUUGUGUUUUUAUAUAUGUUGGAAGCUGCCCAGAGUGGCUUGGGUGACCCAGUCAGAUGAGCAGGGUAUAAAUAAUAAUAAUGUUGUUGUUGUUGUUGUUGUUGCGGCUGCCCAGAGUGGCUUGGGUGACCCAGUCAGAUGGGCAGGGUAUAAAUAAUGUUGUUGUUGUUGUUGUUGUUGUUGUUGUUAUGGAACAGGAUGUCCCUAUUUUCAUUAGAGAAAUAUAGGGCAUGCUAUACACACAUAGUUGGAGUAGUUGGUGGUUGGGGCUGGGUGUCCCCUGUAUUUCUAUGCUCUGCUAGUACUUAGGAGGGUUCCCAUAUGCUAUUUGCUUUGGUUUGUAGCAAACCAAAGAGCCAAAUGUUCAAGAGCAAGGGUGGGGAAACUCAGAUUCAAGGGCCAAAUGUAGAAGAAGAGAAGAAGAGUUUGGAUUUGAUAUCCCGCUUUAUCACUACCAGAAGGAGUCUGAAAGCGGCUAACAAUCUCCUUUCCCUUCCUCCCCCACAACAAACACUCUGUGAGGUGAGUGGGGCUGAGAGACUUCAAAGAAGUGUGACUGGCCCAAGGUCACCCAGCAGCUGCAUGUGGAAGAGCGGGGAAGCCAACCCAGUUCACCAGAUUACCAGUCCACCGCUCUUAACCACUGUACCACACUGGCUCUCAGAGCACUUAGAGCAAUUCAUUCAGCCCUCUGGACCCUUCCCGGGCCCCACCUCCUCACUGGCCCUGCUCCACGCCUCUCUCCACAACUUUUGCCUAACUAGAAUGUGACAUUGGACUCUUAACAGGGCCUCUUGCUUGCUUGGAUGUAAGUGUAGAAACCUCUGGCUUUUGUGGCUGGACUGCAGCCUCUGGGAGUCACAUCCACUGCCCCACCCACUGUUGUCAUGCGGCCCCUGGGAACUCGCUUGUGAUGGAAUUUGGCCCUCAGGCUGGAAAUGGUUUCCCUGCUCUUGUUCAAGAAGAGAUUUCAUCUAAUUGUUCUGCGCUGCUCUAAAAUGUGGAUUUUUUUUUUAUUGUAUUGAUUUUGUUAUUUGUCAUAUUUUUUAGUUCAGAUCACUGAAAUAAGAAGCAGCAUGUUAACGAUAAUAACUGGAGAUUAAUGAAAAGGACAGGCUGAUGCUGCCUUAUCUCCUAGUGUACAGUGGUACCUCAGGUUAAGAACUUAAUUCAUUUUUAACCUGAAACUGUUCUUAACUUGAAGCUGUGCUGCCGCCGCACGAUUUCUGUUCUCAUCCUGAAGCAAGGUUCUUAACCCGAGGUACUAUUUCUGGGUUAGCGGAGUCAGUAACCUGAAGCGUCUGUAACCCGAGGUACCACUAUACUGGGGAAUUUCAAGAUUCAGUAGGACUCUGGGCAGGGCAGGUAUUGGAUACAGUAUUAAGUCUCGGAGACAGGAUUGACUGCUUCGUUAAAGGGCUACUGUACCUUUUACAACUACAUGACAAGCAGAAAUUCAGCAGAUGAAGCUUUCCCUAACAAAUAUUAGGUGCAACAAUUGAAAGAAGAGGUUUACCUGAUGAAUUUCCUUCUUCCUAGUUUGGAGAAAUUAAAAUUGCUCCUCUGCUAGGAGCAAAAAAAGUUGAUUUACUUGGUGUAAUGGUUCCUAAGGGGGUUGCUUGUGCGUAAGCAGGUGCCUAUCUUGCUGGCUGGGUGCAAACACCUGGCUGGGCUGCCAAAGUGAACCUCCUCUGUCCGGACAGCCACUCGCCCGUGGCUGACUCAAUCGCUGGCAGAAUCCGUGAGUGGGCGUUUCUUAAACUUCUUCCAGCAAAGAAGUUCUUUGACGCCUAGUCUCCACCUACCCUCUCUGCGCGGAAGCCUUCUGCGCAGGGAGGGCGUGGGCAACGAAGGACCCCUAGUCUCCCCGCUGGUCCCAGGCAAGGAGUCAUGGGACUGCCUUGCCACUUCCCCCACUUGCCCCCCUUCUCCACUGGUGCUACGCUGAUUCUCUUCCCCAGAAGAUGGGCUGCUUCUCCCGAUCCCUGGACGCCCUCUGGAAUCCCUCUGGCUUUCGCGCUCUCCCUCCAGUACUGAUGGCAGUUCCCUGACACUUGGUUUUAACCGUUUACCCCAAAUUUCUUUAGUUUGGUGAUUAAAUCUAUGACCAAGGAUCCUAUACACUAAUACCAAGCUCAUUUUCUGCAUGUAGAUAUUUUUAUAGUGGAAAUGACACUACGCAAGCUGAAGGGGAGGAGGGGACAUCAGCAUUUUUUUUGUGGGGAGGGGUUUGCAGAAAGCUUACAGAAGUACAAAAAUAUAUUUAGAAACAAAAACCCAGAAUAACCCAGCAAGGACUGAGCAUACUCCCUCUGUCCAGAAUACUGACUUUUUGAGGAUGGUGAUGGUGGAUUGGAGACUGGAACAAGAGAUGGAAUGGUGUAUCCUAGUUGGCCAGAAUGAGAGAACUCUACUUAGACAACUGAGAAAUGCUGCAUUUCUUGCCAAUUUUGCUCCUCACCGCUGUGUACUAUAUACUCAUGAACGUAUUGCAAAGGAUAAAACUAAAAGAGCUUAUUAUUAGGAUUCCCCAGGGAUGUGUGUAGCAGAAUGCUUCACCUGUUGAAUAUCAUCUACCUGCUGAAAUCCCAGGAAUCCCGCAAAGGGGGGAACGGGACUGGCAGGCCUACUUAAAUCUAGCAGUUGUAGAGCUGUAGCCAACACACCACCCACAACACACUUUUUAUUCACAUCAGCUGGACCUAAAAGUGGAAGUUCAAUAUUACUUUUGAUUUCCGGCCUUGGGUUUGCUUUGAGCUGGACCCUUAAUGUUAUUUAAACACAGUUGUGUGUAUUUAAUUAUAUCACAAAUUAUGUCACUUUGACCGCAGACAGCCUCGAACUGAAUUUAUUUUAGCAGCUGCCGAUCAGAAAAGAAUAACGGUGCUUUUUGUAUACGGCCCAUUAAUACAGCAAACUUUUUAUCCGCUCUUGCGGAGACCCCAGGAUAAUGGGGAUGAUUCACAAUGUAUAAACCACGUCACAGCCUGAGGCCAUCAAAACGGUGUACAGCAGGAUAAAAUUAAAAUGCAAAUGAUGUAAAUUCUAAAAACGAUUAAAACCUUCUCUACAACAAUACAUUCUUACAGGUUUACAAUUUGAAUACUGUUUGCAGCUGCAAAACACUGCCUCGUUUCCAAUCAGUGCGUAUCUGGUAACAUGCCGUAACUUUCUAUAGCACAAAUGUUCUGGUUCAUUUUUGUCCCAAUUUUGUUGCUCUAUAGCCCCUCUAGACAGCACUGGGGAAGCAUAGCACAUCAAACUGAAGUAGAAGGAAUCUACCACUGACGCCCUAUUAUCGUGUCUAGAACAUGUUGCUUCAUACAGCUGCAAUAAAACACCAAUCUGCAGGGGCUCCAUGUCUAAUUUCAGCUGGUAAUUGAUUCCAGAGGGCCGGAGCUGCAACACUAAAAGUCCAGUUUCUUGUAGAAGGGUUGGGUAUGAAUUCAAACCACCACCAUCACCACUACCACCAGCAACAACGUGAACCUCUGGGACAAGUGGUACUCUCAGUAGUGCCCUAUCUGAAAAGCUGUGCAGUUGCUGGACAGGAAUAUUCAAGCUGAAGCAGCCUCUUAGGUAAAUUGGUCCUAAGCAAAGAUGAACUGUAAAAAAGGCUACAGUCCCAUGCACCAGGUAUGGGGAAUUUUUGGCCCUCCAGAUUUUGCUGAACACUUGUAAUUCAGCAACAUCUGAAGGGCCAAAGGUUCCCCACACCUGUUAUACACACUAUUUUCUACAUUUUAAAAAAUUGCGCUUCUAUUGUUUCUUACUCCUUUGUUAGCUGCCCUGGAAAUAUAAGUUUAUGUUGAAGCUGCAGGAUAUAAAUGAUGGAAAUACAGUGGUACCUCUGGUUACAGACGCUUCAGGUUACAGAUGCUUCAGGUUACAGACUUCGCUAACCCAGAAAUAGUACCUCGAGCCAAGAACUUUGCUUCAGGAUGAGAAUAGAAAUCACGCAGCGGCAGUGGGAGGCCCCAUUAGCUAAAGUGGUGCUUCAGGUUAAGAACAGUUUCAGGUUAAGAACGGACCUCCGGAACGAACUAAGUUCUUAACCCAAGGUACCACUGUAGAGGUGAAGGAAGCCCCAACUUUUCAAAUAUUUAAGCAGGGUUGGCUUUUCUCAAGAGGCCUGUUCCUGAAUGGGCUGCAUUUCUUUUUUGCUGCUUAUUUAUUUAAAACCAGCCUAUGUUUUUAAAAAUGCUUGUUAAACUGCUGCUUUUAAAUUGGCAGCCUUCUGAACAUCAGUGUGUUUUUAUGAGAUGCAAGCCCCCUCGGGUGAGCUGUGCCCUCGUAAGGUGGUCUAUAAGCAGUUUUAUAAAGAAACAGAUGAACUCUCUGAGGCUUACCUCUGAGUAGACAUGCAUAUCUAGCACAUACAUCGACAGAGCAUAAAUAACCUGAUUUGUGCUGGUGAAAUCCUAACAAGUGUAUCGCUAUUGUCAUGACGCAGAGACUCCCAUCAAAAAUCUUUUCAUGACCCACAAAGUCCACACUGAGGAUGACUUUAAGCUUGAAUUGUAAAACUGAAAGAGAAGCCCAGAGAUUUCUUUGUUACCCGGGCUCCUGUUUUAUGAACCUUAAGGUUUAAUUCUCCCGUCUUAAAAAAGCAACAGAAAGUAAAAAAAAUAUGUGGCCUUUCCUUUGUUAGGUUAGCACUCAAGGAAAAGAUGAAACAGAAGCAAUGUCGUUUCUAUUGAGCUGUAUCAGGUUACAAAGCAGAUGUCUUGCAUGCAGGGAUGGUGAGGUGAGGAGAACAGAUGGCGCACCAGGAAAAGGAUUGGUGCAUUUCCCCAAUGCCAGACACUGUGGGACAGCAGGGGAGGCCCUGGCCACCUGGGUCCCACUCAGGUGGUAGUUAAUAAACAACAACAACAACUCAACGCUGAGGAAUAAUGUAAAGGAAAUCAUAACUUCUAUCUUUGUCCACCUGCACAUAAUAGUGUGCCACCCAGCUAGAAGGGUUCUUGCAUUUCUCUAAUGACCAAGGUUGCUUCCAUAUAGGGGUCCUUCAGAACUACAGGGCCAUACCUUUUCCACCAUCCUCUCAAAGAAGAAUUUUAAAAGUUUGGUGGUCCAUACCACUUUAUAUAGUAGUUUGCAUCCAGCAAUGCCCUUCUGAUGGCCAAGAUCCUUCUGUAAUUAUCUACUCGGUGCUCAGUCUCAUUCAGCCAAGGUCCCCUGCCAUGUUAGUUAAUAGUUUCCUUCUUGCAGGUUCCAUCCCUUUGAGCAGGGCUGAAGGAAAAGCUGUGAUUGUUGGGUUUCUCCAAUCAUUGGCAGUCUUCAAAUAAGCUUUACUCAUAACAGACCCAUUGAAAUUAGUGGACCUUACUUCAGUGUUUCUAUUGUGAGUAAAACUUGCCCUCUCGCCCCAACUAACUUCAAUAAAUAUUGUGCAUACAAACCAAGACAAAUGAUAUAUAUAUAUAUAUAUAUAUAUAUAUAUAUAUAUAUGAAGUGAGAUAUUUAUCCAUUUACUCCAUUGGAUACAUUAUAUCUCGUGCCAUUUCAAAUAAUGUCUAUCCGUCUCUUUGCAAUAUUUUGUAAUUCAAAUAUUUUUCCUACAGCCAUAUGUACAUGUAUGAUUUGGAAGAAUGUCCAGAUUUAGAAUGGGAUUUACUAAAGCUCAGGUGUCUGAAUCCGUUGUAUCUUGAGUGUAGGAUAGCCACAUGUUCUACAGAAGAACAUCUAGGCCCAUCUCGUCCAGCAUCGUGUUCUCACAGUGGCCAGCCAGAUGCCUGUGGGAAGCCCACAAGCAGUACCUGAGUGCAAGUAUGUGAAGCAGCCUCCUUUUUGAAAUGUCCAGGUCUGAUUUAAAGAUGGCAAACCGUAAGGAGAGAGAGCAGGGGCUUUGAAGUUGCCCAUCAACAGGACCUGGUUAAACAGCUGUUCACACAUUUGUCUGCAAGACCACAGUGUUCCCCACUAUGCUGAGAUGAAAUAUAUGUCUAUUUAAAUUGCAGUAAUUAUAUCUAAGUAUGCAACUAUACAUAUAAAUUGGCACAUAUGAGUUUUAUGCAAAUCUAUGACCUGUUUCUUUGACAAUCCAUAAGUGUCCGCUCUACCUGAGUGUAGGGAUGUAGGAAGGCAUCAUUUCCACUCCAUUGUAUGCAGCGUGGUUUCCAUUCCGCUGCAAUUCAUCUUCUGCCCAAACUCACAUUAUUCUGCUUGCUGUCCACUGUGGUGAAGUGAUGUAACUUACGUAAUGCACUUACGCACAUAAAUUAUGUUGUCAUUAUUUUAUUCCACCCCAUUCAUUUCAACUUAAGGGAAACACAAUGCAAAAGGGGUGUGUGUGUCUAAACAAUUGCAUAUCAAUUGCGGACUGAAAGCAGCAGCAACAACAACAACAACAACAACAACAACAACAACAGUAAAUACUGAUCAUAGUCAUUGGAACUGAUUCCUGUUCUGGACAUGGGAUGAAUAAACAAACAUUGGCAAUUUCUGCUCCCAUUUCUAUUUUCAUUGGAAGUCGAGUAGGAAGGGACGCCACAUGCCAAAUAUUUUCAGCAGAUGUAUAAGAUCACAAACAAUUCACUUAUAUAAAGAAAAUUACUGAAAGAAAUUACUAAGCCUAAUCUUCCAAAGCAAACAAACAAACAUAGCCAUAUGGCAGCUGCCUUAAAAGCAAUUGCAGUGAGCUGGCUAUUUAAGGCAGCUUUUCCUGUAUAGCAACUUGCUGCCCAGAUCUGGCAAAACCAUAUUUGCCUCAUAUCCAUAAACCACAAAAUGGAACUGUUUGGUCAGUGUGUUAAAAACUGCAGAACCCAUAGGACAAGCAGCUCUAUGCCAAUGGCUUGCCUUGCAUAUCACCUCGUUUUUGAUGUGUGAACUGAUCACAAGAUCUCUAUGGACUGCUUUGAGACGGCUCCCACACACAGUCUUGCCAAGUGAUCGCUGCAGCAUCAAGUGAUAGCUGUUACAUGGGACUGAGGCAUCACAGGUCUUAACCUGCAGGCCAGCCCUUCACAUAACCCCAAGCACAAAGUUUUCCAAAGAAAAGCAUGAUCAGGGCAGGCUAUGGAGCAGUGCUGGGAAAGUACAUUUUAAAAAGCAAUCCAUUCCAGUUCAUCCCUUCCAAAUUGGAACUAAUUCCAUUCCAGCUCAAUUCACAACUCAUUUACAUGGUAUUUCACACAAACACACCCACCUUCCUAAGUUUACAAGCUGCUCUGCUAAAGUAUAAAAUAUAUUUAAGAAUACUAAGGAAGCAUCAAAGCUUCAGUGUAAUGUGAACAAUUUUUUAAUCUAUUUUUCUCAACAAUCAUGAUCUGUAACCUUAAACAUCGUUCUUCAAUAAGGUGAAAAUGGCAGAUGCAAAGGCCACAAUCACAGAAGUAUUAAUUAUUGUAUAAAUAUAAGUAUAAAUAUAAAUUAUUGAAUUAAAAUUAAAACGGAAUUCAAUUUAAAAUUUCCCAAAGUUCCAUCACAAAAGGUUUGGUUCGCCCAGAAAUUAUAAGAACUACUUUCAGGUGUAAUUCAGAGAUUUUUUAAUCAAUUUGGUGAAUUAGCUGAACUGAAUCAGUUCAUUCCAGUGCUAUUUUUCUACAUUAAAAAAGGUGCCAGAACUCACCAUGAAUGCCAUCCUUGUUGUCUUAUAAUGGCAAUGACGCCCACCUGACAGGUGCCGGAAUGUAUUCUGGAAUGUUCCAACUGACAAAAAGGCCUGGUUCAUUCCAAGGACUGGUCUGGAGUGAGUUGGGAGACUGGAAGUGGGAGUCAGAACUGAAGACCAGCCCAGAUUAGAGAGCAAACCAGAAGGCAGGGCCACAGACACAAGUGAGAGAAACCAACAACACUCACAUUGGCCUUGUUGCUCAAGCAACAUUCAGCUGGGAAAAGAAGCCCUUUAUCCUCCUUCCUUCCCAGAGGCAAUGGGUCAGGUUGGGUGGGUGGAGUCAGUCCAGAAGGUUCUUCAUGGAGAAGACCGCUAACUGCAGUUCACACAUUCACCACACACAGGGCAGCCACACAGAUUUUGGGAGCUCUUCUGCCUUUUGGACAGAAAUGAAUUCAGGGUGGUCCUACUUCUACACUGCAAGUUGAGCUUUAUUGCACCUCUGAACUGCGUGAACCCAGUUGACUAGAAUUUGACUUUGAACUCUGGCCAAAUUUUACAAAGGAAUGAUUCCAUUGACUAGCUGACAUUUACUGCAAUUCCAUUUGUUUUAAUGGGACUUCUCCAGUGAAAAUGUUCACUGGACUUCCGGGUUGGUGCGAACAGCUAAUGGCGGAUUCUCUCCGAGCUCCGGAGGGAAUCGGCUCCGCUGGGGACGGGUCUUGCCGCGACGGCGACGCGGAGACCCUCAAAAACCGCAGGCGCGGAUGCCUGCGGACCUGGUGACUCGGUGGGCACCUUAAGCGCCCCCGACCCACGAAGAGCCUUUUUAAAGGCUACGGAGAGGGUACGGAAGGCGGCGUGGUGCUGGGAGUAGACCGCUACCCCAGCGGAGCGAGGCCGUGUGCCAUGGCUGAAGAGCACUGACUUUUUCCUUAAAUUGAACUCGAAAAGAAGCAACCCGUGAGUAGAUUGGAAUUCGGACUUUAAAAUAUCUAUCUGUGAAUUUGAUACGACCGGGGGAUGUGUUAAAGGGAAGUCCGCAUCCCCCCCUUCUGCAGACGACUUAAAGCAAUAGCAGGAGAACUAAGUUGGAGAGUCUACCCCUUUGGGGUGAGUUAAAAAGACAUUAACUUUCACGAUUUGAUAAAAGAAGUUUUGAGCUGGAGUGUAAGAGUGGAAUUUUAGAAGUUUUUCUCUUGUGGUGUGUAACCCCCCCCUUCCGGGCCCGGGAGCGUCCUGCCUUUGAGCCUGUUGAAGAGGAAAGGAGUUUGACAGCUGUUAAAGCUGUCAAACGGGCAAUUUAAAGUAAAAAGCGUGUUAUUUAAGAUCUCCCUGGACUAAAUGUGAUACAAUUGAAUUAAAGUGGUUCGAAACAAAGAAACAAAGAACGAGGCAAAGGACUGUUGGGAAAAGAUUACUAAGUAACCAGAUUCCCUCUAGGGGAAUUCUGAGACAUUACAAUGGCUGCGGAUGGAAAUUUACUAGCUGAAAUAGAAAGAAUGUGUUACUUUGUGGGAACUUUACAAGAGCAGAGUCUGGCUAUGAAUAAACAACUUACGACCUUGACUUCUGGAAUAAGCAGCUCUGCUGAAUGUAUUGAGGAUCUGAAUGAGAAAAAUCUGCAGCUGAACCGGAACAGAUAUCUCAAGAAUUGAAGGAGACUAAACAAGGAAAGGAGAAAGCACAGAUGGAAAGUACCAACCAGAAGCCUACACAUGUGGAUUAUAAACAAGAAGACCCUUGGAUUACAUGGAUUACAAAUCUGCAAAAGAUGCGAAAGAUGAAGGAGGAGGCCCCUGGAGUACUUGGAAUUCAAGAACUUAAAAGAAAGAAGAAAUAUGAUGGGGGCCUCCAUUCUGAAUAUGAAGGACUGGUGGAACUUUUGCAGCAGUUGUCUCUAAGUUUUCUUGUGGGAAGAAAAUCUGGCUUGACUGGGACAGAACUCCUUCGAGAUCCGAAGACCAACAUAAAGGACUACCAACAAAACCGGCGGAGAGGGACUGAAAGAGACUUGAAGGCCUCGGAUGUGAGAAAUCCAGGCUAAGAACUGUUAUUGUAGAAAUGUACUUGGGAAGGGACGAACCGGGGAUGGGAGGGGGAAAAUAGAAUUUUAAAAACACUUACGAUUUUUGGGUCCAGUCAAUAUGAUUGAUGCUUAAUAAAAAUGGGAAAUCGAUGGAAGGGAAUCUGAGCCCAACUUAGGAUAGAAUUUAAUCUUCUACAAAAGAUGUAAUAUUAACAGGGUAAGGAGGUAAAAUAAUAACUUGCUGACAUAAUUAUGGGAAUUGGGAUGUAUGAAGGGGGUGGGGGAAGUCAAGGACCAAAGUUAAGAAAGUAAGAUUUUUGAAAUUAUACAUGUUUUUUGUCUUUGUCUUUUACGUGUGUGUUAUGUCUUUAUAAAAUGUGAAAAACCAAUUUAAAAAAAAAAAAAGAAAAUGUUCACUGAGCCGCCUAAACCUUUUGGUGAACUCAAAACUUUAAAGAAACAUGGGAUAUAUUUAUGAUUGCAGGUGGGAAUAAGGUAAUGCUGUGGUUUGGCAUGUUUUCUUUAAUAACCCCAAAUCUGGCCUGACUCAGGGAGCUGGGCCAAGCUGAACUCUGAACUUACACAAUUCAUGAAUCGCCACUCACAAUUCUUAUCUGGAGUUGUGCACAUUGCAGAAAAGGUGUGGUGUGUUGCUGGAUCAGUACGCAAGGGAAGUUUCUCAAGCAAGCAAGAUGUUUAAUGCAAAACCAUCUGCUGGGAUCGGCUAAAGGUGAAUUCAGUCAGCUUCAAGGUAAACACUCCCAACUUGGGAAGGGUGAAUUCUUCCGUGCUGCUAAGAGGCUUUAAAAGAUGGUGCAAUGCAUGUGGAUGGGGAGUCACUGUGCACAGCCCUUUCUGAAGACAGUAGAUAUACAUCAAACAAGCAGUUUUAGUUGCUGCAAAACAAUGGUUCCCCCACUUUGAUUUUAGCUAAUCAACUACUCGGAAAGCACAAAAGAAUGUGUUGCAAUGGUGUUAAGUUUGCAAGCAACCUUGAAGUUUCAAAAAUGUUCUUGCCCAAAUGAUCCAUUGCUGUCGGCCAUCUUUGGAGGGAGGGGGUUGGUGUAAACAGGCUUAUUGUGAGGAUAAAAUGAGAAGGAGAACGAUGUACGACACCUUGAACAUCUUGAGGAAAAGGUGGGAUAUAAAUGCAAUAAAUAAAUUUUCAUGAGGACUUUAAAAAUAAAUAAAUGCUAAAACUGAUGUGUAAAAUAUGGAGAACUGAAUUUAAGUUUUAAAAAUGAAAAACUGAGAGAAACCAAAAUUGACAUAGUUGCCCAAGACCUGAUUCUUUUUUUUUAAAAUGAUAUUUAUUAAGAAUUUUAAAAUUACAGGAAAAACAAAAAAGAAAAAGAGAGAGAGAAAAAAACCACAAUCAAACAAUACAAAUUGAUAAAAAUAAAAAUAAAAAAAUAACAACAAAACACGUAACAGAGCACAAUCAAAAAGCAAGAGUAAGCCACAAAAAUUUAAAAACAAAUCCAAUAUUCUUUUUUUUUAAAUGAUAUUUAUUGAAAAUUUUUAAAAUUACAGAAAAAAACACAGCAGAAAAAGAAAAAAGAGAAAACAAAGAGAAAACAAACCACAUCCAACAAUGCAGAUUCAAAAACAAAAAUACACCACAAACAGAUAAAAACAAAUCCAUCAUUCUCGAAUCCUCAACUUUCAUUACCUUCUUUCUUUGACCUCCUCCUCCUCCCUUUUUUUGUAUCCUAGUUAUUAAUUAUCGCAGCAAAUCCUUUCCAUAUUUCAUAAUAUUCUGUCAUUACAUUACCUUAAUCUAUUUUCAUCUUAUCUUAUAGAAAACCUUAAAACUUAAAACUUAAAUCUUAUUUUUACCAACUUCUCAUAACCAUAAUAUUCUUACCUAAUUCUUUAAACAUUUUUGCUAGAGCCAAGUAAUUUCGUUCCAACAUUUUUCUAACAUUCAUCAAUUUUAUACCCCAAGCCUAAUAAUAAUAAAGAAAUAAAAACAAUCCAAUCUUCAUCCAGCGUCCUUUCCUCCUGGUCCCGGGUUUUGUCAGUCCUUUUUAUCCCAUUGAUCUAGCGCAUUAACCUGGUAACCUUAUAUCCGAGGCCCUUAAGUCUCUUCCAUGUCCCUUCCGCGGCUCUUCUUCAUAUUCUCCUUUCACUCGUGGGAACUCCAGCUUGGUAAUGUUUUUGACCCUUUUCAACAAAUCAGCCCCUUUUCCAAAGACCAGACUAAACUCCAUGUGGUAUUUGAAAACAUGUUUCAGAAUCCCUCCAAAAUUAAGAGCCCCCACAGCCCCAAACAUCUCACGGCCCAUUGCCAGACUUGGAAAGUCCAAACAUCCCUGCAUAGGGGGUCUAUCCAACCCCCCCAUUUCCAAACCAGUCCAAACUUUAUCUUUCCAAAUCUGGCUUUUUCCAAGUUCAUUUGUCAAGUCCAAAAGCUCAUGUUCCUGCAGGGCCACAGCUCCCUCCAUCUCUGGCGCCCAAAAUUCAGCAACAUCCUCUUCUCUCAUCUGUUCUGUCAGGGCAAACUCUGAUUUGAUUCCUGGGUGGGCUCCAUAUAGUUUCCCACUGCCUGUUCAAAAAUUCUGACCGCAUUAGUCAUCAAAUCCGUCUUCUCAUUUAACUGUUCCAGUAGGGCAUUUGUUUUACAGAGAGCACACCACAGAGCUUCUGAAUACAUUGUCCUACAAGGUCACAAGACUAUUCCCACGAUUGUAAUCUGUAACAGCUGCAAGCUCCCUGGAAUUAGUUACAGUUUCACAGUCUCCCUCUAGGGGGAAAACUUCUAUUUGUUCUUUCUUUUAAGUAUAAAUCUAGCAACAAAGUUUCCUUUUUGAGAUAUUUUGUCAAUAUUUGUUCCUUUAAAAUGCGAAAGGGAACAGUGGAAUCACUAUGUUUCUCUUCUUUUAGCUAUCUGUCAAAAACGUUUGUCUCUGGUCAAUGAGCUUCAAACGUCAGUCCUGACACCCCGCUCCAGGAUCAGGACGGUGGAAAGUUACUUUACUUUAAACUCACUUCUGCAGGUUUAAACAGUCCGAAAAGAUCCCCUUCUUCUCCUGCUUCCGAAGGGGGGUUCAACAAUUUUAAAAUGAUGAAAGUUAAUCUUUUAGAAGCUAUUUUCUGAGCUCUAGUUUACGUUGUCUUUGCUUUAUUCUGUCUACAAAGAAACGGAAGGCUGACUUCCUGUUUAGACCUUCCCGUUUCAGUGCCAAAUUGAAGUAAAUUUUUAAGUCCAAUUCCUUUCUGCUCGCCAGUCCUUAUUUAAAGUCCAAUUGUCCGAAAUUUAAGUACUCACGGGUGAUUAUUUUAGAAGCCAAAUUGUCCCAGGAAAAAGGCAGCGCUCUCCGGCAACAGCUAUGCGGCUUCGCUCCACGGAAAUAGCAGUUGACUCUCAGCACCGCGCCACUUCCCCUCUUCGCUUCGGAGCCCGUUAAUGGGUUCCUUUGCGGGUUGGGGGGGCACUAAGGGUGCCCGCCGAGUCCCAUGGUCACAGGCUUCAUCCGCCUGUGAUUUUUGAAAGGGUCCCCACUUCGCCGUAGCGGAAAAGACCCGUUUCGCGCGGAGCUAGUCCCUCCAGAUCAGAGGGAGUCCGCCAUUGCCGAUGGCGCCACCCCGGAAGUCUCCAAUAUUCUCAAAUCCUUAACUGUCAUUGCCUUCUUUCAUUGACCUCCUCACUCCUCCCUUUUGUUGUAUCCUAGUUGUUAAUUAUCACAGCAAAUCCUUUCCAUUUUUCAUAAUAUUCUGUCAUUACAUUACCUGAAUCUAUUUUCAUCUUAUCUUAUAGAAAACCUUAAAACUUAAAACUUAAAUCUUAUUUUUACCAACUUCUCAUAACCAUAGCAUAUUCUUACCUAAUUCUUUGAACAUUUUUGCUAGAGCCAAGUAAUUUCGUCCCAACAUUUUUCUAACAUUCAUCAAUUUUAUAAAACAAUCCUAAUAAUAAAAAAGAAAUCAAAUUAUCAAUCCAAUCUUCAUCCAGCGUCCUUUCCUCCUGGUCCCGGGUUUUGUCAGUCCUUUCUAUCCCAUUGAUCUAGCGCAUUAACCUGGUAACCUUAUAUCCGAGGCCCUUAAGUCUCUUCCAUGUCCCUUCCGCGGCUCUUCUUCAUAUUCUCCUUUCUACUCGUUGGGAACUCCAGCUUGGUAAUGUUUUUGACCCUUCUCAACAAAUCAGCCCCUUUUCCAAAGACCAGACUAAACUCCAUGUGGUAUUUGAAAACAUGUUUCAGAAUCCCUCCAAAAUUAAGAGCCCCCACAGCCCCAAACAUCUCACGGCCCAUUGCCAGACUUGGAAAGUCCAAACAUCCCUGCAUAGGGGGGUCUAUCCAAUCACCCAUUUCCAAACCAGUCCAAACUUUAUCUUUCCAAAUCUGGCUUUUUCCAAGUUCAUUUGUCAAGUCCAAAAGCUCAUGUUCCUGCAGGGCCACAGCUCGCUCCAUCUCUGGAGCCCAAAGUUCAGCACCAUCCUCGUCUCUCAUCUGUUCUGUCAGAGCACACUCCUGAUUUGAUUCCUGGGUGGGCUCGAUAUAGUUUCCCACUGCCUGUUCAAUAUUUCUGACCGCAUUAGUCAUCAAAUCCGUCUUCUCUUUUAACUGUUCCAGUAGGGCAUUUGUUUUUCAGUGAUCAGACCACAGUGCUUCCGAAUACUUUGUCCUACACGGUCACAAGACUAUUCCCACGAUUGUAAUCUGUAACAGCUGCAGAGUUCCCUCGGAAUUAGUUACAGUUUCACAGUCUCCCUCUAGGGGAAGAACUUCUAUUUGUUCUUUUCUUUUAAAGUAUAAAUCUAGCAACAUAGUUUCCUUUUUGAGAUAUUGUUUGAAUAUUUGUUCCUUUUCUUUGCGAAGGGGAUCAAUGGUAUCUCUAUGUUUCUCUUCUUUGAGCUUUCUGUCUAAAACGUUUGUCUAUGGUCUAUGAGCUUCAAGACGUCAGUCCUGACACCCCGCUCCAGGAUCAGGACGGUGGAAAGUUACUUUACUUUAAACUCACUUCUGCAGGUUUAAACAGUCCGAAAAAGAUCCCCCUUAUUCUCCUGCUUCCGAAGGGGGGUUCAACAAUUUUAAAAUGAUGAAAGUUAAUCUUUUAGAAGCUAUUUUCUGAGCUCUAGUUUAUGUUGUCUUUGCUUUAUUCUGUCUACAAAGAAACGGAAGGCUGACUUCCUGUUUAGACCUUCCCGUUUCAGUGCCCAAUUGAAGUAAAUUUUUUAAGUCCAAGUGCGUUCUGCGCGCUAGUCCUGAUUUAAAGUCCACUUGUCCGAAAUUUAAGUACUCACGGGUGAUUAUUUUAGAAGCCAAAUUGUCCCAGGAAAAAGGCAGCGCUCUCCGGCAACAGCUAUGCGGCUUCGCUCCACGGAAAUAGCAGUUGACUCUCAGCACCGCGCCACUUCCCCCUCUUCGCUUCGGAGCCCGUUAAUGGGUUCCUUUGCGGGUUGGGGGGGCGCUAAGGGUGCCCACCAAGUCCCAUGGUCACCGGCUUCAUCACAGGCCUGUGAUUUUUGAAAGGGUCCCCACUUCGCCGUAGCGGAAAAGACCCGUUUCGCGUGGAGCUAGUCCCUCCAGAUCAGAGGGAGUCCGCCAUUACCGAUGGCGCCACCCCGGAAGUCCCGCCCAAGACCUGAUUCUUGACCAUUCACUCCGAUUUGUUUUCAGGGAGAUUAGACAACAUCGACUAUUAAAUGAGCAUGUAUUCUACUUUGUUUGUGGGGAAUUUAAACAUUACUUCAAAGCAAACAUCAUCCUACACUUUCCACUGCAUUUUCCUGUCACUUUCUUUAUUGAAAAACGUCUAAUCUUUGGGGGAAGUGGGUUUGUUGUGCAAGACCUCCCAGUCAGCUAUCGUUGCACAACCUGAUUUUGUUGUGAGGUGACUGAAUCCCACCAAAAAUAGCAGCGGUCUGGAAGCACCAGUAAUCACACAAUCCCUUCCAGCUAUCUUACGUCUGAUCUUGAGAGUGUGCUGUCAACUUCCUCAAAGCCGACACCUGCCAAAGGUGUCUAAAAAUUACCUUCAGACUGUAUUAACUUGCCUGCACCAGAGUAAAGCAGGCUGGAUGCAGAAAGUCCUUGUUAUUGUUGUUUAUUUGGCCUCCUUUUUUGUAAAUGGCUGAAGGAGUACGACGAUCAAGAAGCCAUGCCCUGCUGACCUCCACUGAAAGAGAAUAUUGUCUCACUGUGGGGAGUUCAUCUUAAAGAUGACUGAGACAAACCCUGCUAGAUAUUUGACUGUGGAUUCACCAUAUCAAAGAGAGUGAGUGAGAGAGAAAUUCACUGUCAUCAGCCGUAUGGCGCAAACGAUCCCAAUGCUUUUAAGUGUAGGAUUUAUUCUUCCCGGCUUGCAAAACAGAUGCCACAAAAUGUCCCCAGAUGUCCAUGAGAUGUUUCCCAGGGUGUUCUUCCCUUUAAAAACUCAAAGAUCAUUCCAAGGUGUGGAAAUGUUUGCACUAAACGCUUGAUUUAGAUGUGGCUCCCGCAUCCUGUUUUUAUUUCUGUUUGGGCAUGGUGGGAAGACUAGACUUUGGAUGGAGGGUAUGACAUGGUUAUUUGUUUGUUUCUGCUGUCUUUGGCACAUGACCACAUCCUGCUUCUAGGAACGAUGCACCUUGGCCCUUGACACGGCCAGCUGGUGGUGCACCCUCCGAAGGGAUUAUCCCCCGUCAGAACAAAUUGUUUUCAUUCUCGGGCAGAAGCCAGCAGACAUCUACAAUAAAUGGUCCAAGAUCCUGGAAUUUCAGGACUCUGAAAGAAGAGAGCCAGAGAGUCAGAAUUCAGAAUGGGAUUAG